GAUACACUGGUUUUUUGCGAUUUUAUAUGCACGAGCUAUCAAUUGAUUGUCGUCUUGUGGACAGUUUCGAUGGUACUUAGAAGUGCAAUCAUGAACCACAAAAACACUAACUGGACAGAGAAAGAGGAAACAGAUGAGGUCAGUGUUUACUCAUCAAGUGCGAAACUGAAACAAGACUUGGAUGAGGAUGUGAAUCAAGAGUUUGUUGAAGAUCCACUAAUGACUGAAAAUCCUAGUCUGAAAAUAAAGCAAGACCCAGACUUCAAACAUAAUGUCAAUGGCUCUGGACCUGGACAUGAUACUUCUAUGAAUGUGCAUCUCAGCACCAUACUGGAAGCCAAGAGAGAAUGCUACAAACCACCCCCACUGUACACACUGGUGCCCAAGAAGGAGCUGCUCCUUGGCGAUCCAUUGGGAAUCUCUUGGCCCACUGAUUGUAUCAAGGAGGAUCCCAAACUUAAUUUAGAAGUGGAUGAAACAGAGAAUACUGUGGCAGUCUCAGCAAGGAAUGUAUCUACUACUACAAGCAAAUCCAACCUUCAGAGCGAUUAUGUCCAUCAAGAAGCCAUCCAAACAAGGAGUUGGCAUAUGCAAUACCAGUAA